CAUUGACAUAAAAUAUAAAAAAUAUAAAGAUACGUCUAUUUUAAAAUUAUUAUUACAUAUGGAAAUUAAGUUAUGAAAUUUUAAGUUCAGUUUUUUUUACAUCACUGUGCAGAACUAUUUACAAUGACCGUCAUUAAAGAGAAACCAAAUUACAAAUAUCCCUCUCCAAACUCAGCCUCAGCAUCUGAUACCGAAUCUUUGCAUUUGGGAAGCCUCUCGGCCAGCGAUGCAGAAUCGGCAGAUGACGAAUCGGUUCCUAAUAGAAUAAGAAUAAUUAGACCUAAGUUGGUAAAAAUUUCACAAGUUGAAGAACAUAUAAACGUUAAGAGAAACUCAGGAAAAAAGAAGCUAAGAAGAUACCAAAACAGAUGCUCUCUUCAAACGCUCAGCGAAGAAGAUGAAGCUGAAAAUAUGGUUGUAAUAAUGGAUACUUACAAGGGACCAUUUGAGCGAUUACUCGAUGACAAGGCGGCCUUUGACUAUUGGCAGAAGUUCAUUGAAAAGCCCGAAGAAGAGCAGAAUGAGAUCAUUGAAGCUCUGUCGGAGAAAUAUCCUAAUGAGACAGAAGUGGAAAACAUUAAAACAGAUGUUCCUGGAAGAAUAUCGUCGAGAAUUAAACGUACCUUUAAAAUAAAGAAGAACUUGUCAUUGAAAAUAGUGCAAGUGUGCGAGAACGAUUUGAUAGAAUUUUUUAAAGCCACACCAGAAGAGAGAUACAUUAAAAUACCUCCUACAAGCUUUGAUAGGCUUGUAAUACACGCCAUUGCUCAAUAUCACAGAUUAAAGUCUAUAAGUUACGUAUUAGAAGAAGGAAACCGAAAAUCUGUUGAAGUUUACAAUGUUUUUAAAAAUUGGACGCCCGCUAAUUGUUAUUUAACAGAUUUCAUUAGACACUUGAGAAACGUUUAAUUGUAUAAAUUAAUUUAUGUGUGUGCUUGUAUUGAUUAUUGUGUACCUGUUUCGUUGCAUAGUUAUUUUAUGUUAAUAAUAUUUGCUUAUUUAAUAAGUAAAAUCUAAAAUUAAAGUAUAGUAAUUAUAGUUGUAGAACUUAUAAGUAAGUUUUAAAUGUUAAUUAGAAUUAAAUAUUAAAUACCUUUAUACAAUUUUUACCUUUAUGAUAAUAUUUAUACAUUGAUGUAAUUACCACGCUAUAAACUUAAUAUUUUUAAAUUCAGUUUAUUUGGUUAAGCUUUAUACAUAUGAAAACAUAUAUCAACGUAAAUACAUUAUUCUGAACAAUCUAAUAUAUUUUAUGGAAACACAAUAGUAAGAUUUAUUUACAUAAUAACUACAAAUAUGUCCAGUCUUUGCAGUUUUAAACGAGCUCUACCCGGAAACUUUUGAGCUUUGUACAAAAGCAUUUUCCCAAAGUAAAACAUCGUAUCAACUGGAUCGAUAACAAUUAUUCAAAAAAAUACAUUUAAUUGAAAUAUUAAAAAUAAUAUCGACAUAACAGAUUACUAAAAAAUAAAAUUGGAACAAUCUGUAACUCUGAACGACUAUAACUACGAAAACAGGUUAACUAAUAAAAUAAAUAUAAUAAAACAACGAACCAAUUCAAAUGAAUUAGGUUUUGGGAAUUUUGUAUUACUGAGUAAUAACUCAAUUAGUGCAGUGCGUCCACGAGGUAUAAUAUUAAAAUUUUCUGCAUAUGCUUAAAUAGAAUAAAAACAAGUAGAUAAAACGAAUUCCCAAAUUCUCUUGAAAGUAAAUUAUUCGCUAAAAAAAUGAUAAUUAUAUUGAACAAUGUUUGUGUAAUAGUUAAGUAGAAUAUACGUCAUGAACCUACUGUAUAUGUUAAGUACAGGAAUAUAAAUAAAAGUAUCAAUAAAUUACAAUACCCCAUAGAUCAAAUAAAGUCAAUUUCCUUCCUUAAAUAUCAAAUAAAAUGUUAAAAAUAAGUUUAAUGUUCCACAAUUUACGAAAAUAUUAGCAUACUUAACAAAAAAUGUAUAAAAAUGUACAGCAAAUAUAUUUACACAAAUUACAAUAUCCCUAUUUAUAAAUAAUACAGACACCUUUUUGAUAAAUUUUGAAAUUUUUGGUUUCUGUAUCACAGUUUUUAAAUUAAUAAUACAAACUUUUAGCACAACCAAUUUGAAAAGUCGAUAUAGACGAAUUUUAUAUACAAAUACGAUAAAAAAUCACUUGUAUCCAUCAUAAAAAUAAACAGUAAUUGAAUUGCAAAAAACAAUAAUAUAUAUUUAUGUAAUUCUAAUUAUUUAGGGAAAUACAUAUGCGCUAUAACAGUGUAAAUAAGAUAAAUAGCUAAUAUUAUAUAAAUGUAAUUCCAAAACACGCAAUAAAUAACGUACAAAAGAAAAAAUAGAACUAGAGCGAUAAAUACCAACAUUUUUCCCUUUACGAUUUCCAAUGAGUUUGUAUAUAAUUUGAAUGAACAACUACAAACACGUACAAUUCCCGUCUUGCUUCAUAUGAGAUUCAAUCCGUUUCGAAUUUAAAUAAUGCUCCAACUGUAUGCGCCAUAUUCUCAUAUCCCGAGAUUUACUGAUUAACGCUAAAAUUACAAGUAAAUUUCGACAUGUUGACAAUGAUUUGAAUGUGACAACUGUUGUGAAUCCACUCUAAAACGAACUGGGCUUUGAACAGUAUUUAACGAAGUGUAUUUUUGUUAUAGUUGGUGUUAUUGAGAAAUAUUGCGUAGGCAAAAAUAAUAUUGUUGUAUUUUUCGCUUCUGUUACUUAAUAUUUAGCGCUUAGCAAUAAAAUUAGCAAUUUUACAAAAAAUUCCUUCCUGCGAUUAUAGAUACAUCUACUACACCACUCUGAUCAAUAAAAAAUUACAUUUACAUUCGAUAUUCCAAAUUAUAUACCCAUAUAAACAUGAAUUCUCUUAACAAAUCCGACCACAGUUUGGGGGGGCAUUGUAAUUUAGCUCGCCCUACGUAGAAACGAAUUUACGAUGCAGACAUAUCAGCUUUUUUAUCUUUGGUCGAUGUCGUAGAUUUGGUGCUAGUCGAGCAAGCUAUCGUGGGCAAAUUUUCUGCAGCAGCCGCCCUUUCGGCUAGGAAUCUAUCGAAAUCGCUACUUGUUACGGAUUCUUCGACGCCAC